AGGUCCUACAUCCUGGUACUUUUCAGCGUUGUCAAGGCAGCCUCAGAGCACGGUUGGCUGGCGGAAAGUAGCUGCAGUGUCCUGGCAACAUAUCUGUCCAAAAACGUUCACAAAAACUGUCCCGGAAAGUUAAGUGUAACUAAAAGGUCACCUGCAUAUAUCGAUGUGAUGCCUGAGAUAUUUGGCAGCUGCUCAGCCGAGCAAAACACCAAGUGCAGCGUCAUAUAGGAGGACACCAUGUACGUUAAUGUCAGUGAGGCCUGAGGGGAUGAAUUGAAUCAACGUGACGAGGGAAGAGCCAAUCAGUACUGUUGGAUGAGAACUGGAUGGCUGUCCAAGAUUGCGAUGCCAACUGCAAAAGAUAAAGGUGGUCCAAUGUCCCACCGCUACCGACCUGCCUCAGAAUAUGAUGAUGCCACCCUCACCCAAAAGAGACAAUAUUGGAGAACCAAGAAACGAGAGCAGAGGGCCAAACUGACAGAGUGCAGAAGAAAAUCAACACACCACAGUCAAGGGGGAAAGCCCCUACAUCUGCAUGCCCCUGCAGUGAUGAAUUCCACUUUAUCGAGCUCUUAUGCUGCUUUCUCUUCUCCUUUGCAGAGUAAUGAUGACUCAAACAAAACAGUUGAUGUCUCUUCUGCACCAAAUGGUGGAAAUGGAGUGGGGAACAGCUCAGUUGAGGCCACUGACAACCAAAAGGAGAAGUGGCUCCAUACAAUGGAACUCAACAAGGUCUUGCCUCAAUUGCCAGCAUCAUGUUCCACGUCAGCAAAAGCUGAUAGGCACAACACAGCAACAGAGAAAUGCCUAACAGCAAGGGGUCCUGUGAGCAGAGCCGUUACCUCACACACUGGAACCCAGCUGAACAACCAUUCCUCAGUGCCUCCAGUCAGGGUAAUCAGAACUACCAAUGGCAGCUGCGCUAAAACAACUCCUCAGCCAUGUGUGUCUAUGCAGGGCGCAUCAGUCCCCAAAGUGCAGCAUAAGGCACAACUUGCAUUACGCAUUCAGCCCAAACUCUUACCCACCAACGUGACAACAGGUCACACUUCUCCAUGUGUCCCAGUUUCUAUUAAAACAGAGGGUAAAACAUUGAACAUAACACCUCAAAGUGGAACGAAGAGUGCCUUGGUCACCAUGCAUAGGGCUAAAGGUGUUACCAACUCACAGUCUUCCCUGGAGCCGGAGGAGGAGAGAGCAGCCAAGCGCAGAGAGCAAUGGCGGAUCAAGAAGCGAGAGCAGAGGGCAAAGAUGGCAGCUCAGACAGCUAUAGCUAGAGAAAGGACGCAGAGCGCUGAGAUGACGUUACAGAGGCAAACGGCACAAAAAACGGGACUCGUGGGCAGCACAAUUCUUCAGCAUCUUCCAUCUCAGUCGUUUUUGAGAGCAGCUGGCCAGAAGCAGUGUCAUUCUCGGGUCAGAACUUCAUUUACAUCUGUCAAAAGGGAAAAUUAUAAGCCGCAAAGUGGAGCAGCAAGAUUAGCUACAAUACAAGCAGGUAGAAUAAAAGUACAAAAUCCACAUGAGAAUAGGACAGCACAGACAGCCAUCACAUGUGAUGUUAUUUCUGUGAGAAAGCCAGGGGAGUCAAAGAGAAAGCUUCCAAGUUAUGUACAUCUUUCUCAUGUUUCCCGAGGGAUCUCACGAUGUAAAACACCUAGACAGAGGUUCAUCGAAGCCCAGAAGAAUUUCAUGAUUCAAAGAAACAUAAGAUGUAAAUCCCCGUUUCUGGCUUCGGUCUUUGGAAUCAGAAAUCUCCCCCAAAUCAACCCUAACGACACACCUGAGCAGAUAAUAGCCAAGCGACGACAGUACUGGCGGCUAAAGAAGCGCGAACAGCGAGCUAAGCUGUCAAUGGAAGUGAAGGUUCGUUUGAAGGAGAAGGACUCUCUGAUGCGUCGAGUGAAACGUUACCAGAACAUCCUAGAGGAGAUGAGGAGGGCCAGAGUAAUGGCCCAAUUGGCUGGAAGCACCCUUACCCAUGCCUCUGAGACCAUUGGAGGGUUCAUCAAAGAGGACGGGACAGUGACCAUUAACAUUCCCCAGGUUCCUAUGGACCACAACACAGCAGCACCCAAAAGUGAAGAAGAUGGUCAUGCAGUUUGUAAUGAUAUCACAAAACCUCAGCAUCAACCUAAUACUAAACGGAGAGGUAUUACACCCAUCCGUGUAAACCAGUUCCCCCCUCUACUUCGCCCAGCUCAGGUGAAAGUCUCUUUUCCUCUUGCCGGACAGUCGGUCAACAAGCCUCCAAGACUACUGUCAAUCAGACCAAGAACUCAAUUUGAAAGCACAGCUGUUCCUAAUUCACACAAGUUAGCAAUCCAAACUGUUAGUCAGCUCACACUCACUCAUCCUGAAACCCCUCAAAUUUCUGUUUCUGGAGUAUCGACAGCAAGGACCGACCUCGGUGGCUGUGUCAUGAAAAUGACCGUUUCAAAUAGUGCGCUUUCACUAUCGGCGCUCUCUCUGGAUCCAGGGUUGACGGAGGAGGAGAGGAUGGCAAAAAAGAGGGAGUACUGGAGGUUAAAAAAACGAGAGCAGCGGGCAGCUCGUGCUGCUCGGUUGAAGCAGGGUGUCUUACAUGCGAGGGCCAAUGCGACCUUACAGCGGAGGAAGGCCCAGAAGCAAGUAGCUCUAAACACUGGACCACUAGGCAGAAGUCUUAUUAAGUAUACAGGAAAUGCACAAUCUCUCCCCAACAACAGUGCGCCUGUUACGCCACAUGCAAAUGAGAUAAAACAAGAGAGUGAGUCUGUGCCAGCAGUUGACCUAAAUUCUCAACCAGAACAAGCCAUCUGUCCAGAUAUCAACCCCCCAACCUCCCCAUCACCACCUACAGCGCCUCAGCCAGAGCCUGACCUAGCUCUGAAUGCAGACAGCCAAGCUACUACUCUGUUAGCUGUGGCCUCCAUGAAGAAACUCCUGGAAGAAUCACUUAGCACAGUGACACACAUUAAAAUAGAGUCAACAGCAGAGACGUCAGAGCAAGAGAUGAAGGCAAAUUUACCUCAGAAUGAGGUGGCUCCUAUUGCUGCUGACUUGAAAUUGGAGAUAAAAAGCUGCCAGCCAGAUACCGAUGCCUUGGUACAAGCGAGUUCUCCAAGCCCUCAUCUCAAAGACUCAUCACAAAGUAGCGAGACACUUCCACCUCUUCCAACCUCCAAUGAGGUAGUCCUGCAUCCCACCUGUGAGCACUCAUCCCAAACGCCUUCAAACUUCAUUGUAAACCCCUCCAUGGAAGCCUCUGAUGGCCCAUCUUCACCACAAAGAACACCAAGGCUUCACACCAAAAAAGGAGACCACGAAAGCUGCUGUUCCUCAGAACCGCCAAAGCUACAUCAUCUACCCAUGGAUCAACUACAACCACAGCAACAACACUGUGAACAACUUUGUCAGGCACAAGAACAAUGCCAAAACCCGCCAUCAGCACCAGGAUAUUUUAGCGUGGUGACCGAGUACAGCGGUAUGAUGAGCCUGCAGAGGAAGAGGGAGUACUGGAAGCUGAUGAAGAGGCAGCAAAGGGCCAGGUUAAGGGCCAGGACAAAAGAAAGACAGGGAGAAUGCAGCAGUCGGCUUAAAAACAUACAGGCUCCAGGUCAAGUUAUUAUUAACACUGUUAAGGGUGUAAAUACUCCAGCAAAACGAGCCCUCCAGCCCAAGCCAUCCAUUGCUUCUCUGACUGCAGUGACCAGUAUCCCCACUGUCCUGGUCGUUAGCCCUACAACAUGUGAUGCCGAACAUUCGCCGGACAUAAUCCAGGUCAAAUUACCCGUCACUAGUAUCUCCUGUUCGCCCAGAAGUGACCACACGAAUGUUGGGCCUUCACUGAUCGUGUCCAACCAUCAAGGAUCUCACAAGAAUCAGCAACAAGCCAUGCCAGUUUCAAAAAAGUGGAUGUCUAGAAGUACGGGUGUAGACUCGGUCCCCUCCCUCCCUACUCUGAAGCCCCCAGACAACCCACUGUCCAGCAUCAACUUGCAUCCUAUUGAACCCCCUCAAACUCCAAAUACCACCCUCAGUCCAAUAAAAAUCCCUUGCGCUCAACUUCCGAGCUCCACACAUAUGAUACAAACUUCCACCAAGCUGGCACCGGCAAGCACCAUGGCUCCACCAAAGCCCAUCCCAGGGGAGUCUCAGGAGGACUUUCUGAGGAGGAAGCGGGAGUACUGGAGGAUAAAAAAGAAGGAGCAGAGAGCCAGGAAGGCCAUUCAGGACAAGGGAAUCACCCCAAGGAGAGCCUCCAACCACUUGAGGCCCAUCCUGCCUGCCGAGGACCUUCAAACGCAGGAUUCUGGUCAGUGGGUGAGCUCCUCUGAGGAGUCAGAACAUCUAAUGAGCACUUCAGAGGACACAGACCUGGGAUGCUUUCAAUUCUCGAGUUACACAGCACCAGUAGAAGAUGAGUCCGAACUUCUGUCCGUUGACUAUGGGAACAACAACGACGACGAGGAAGAUCCCGUCUCAGACGGCGUGUGGAGGAGCCGCUACCUCAUGGACUACGAUCCGCUCAACCAGCUGCUGGUGUGCAUGGUGUGCGGGGAGUUACAGUACUCCCACAGCCUGGAGGGAGUGGUAGCACACAUCGACGAGGCCCACCCGGACACCCUGACCCUGGAUCCCGGGGAGCAACGGAAAAUACUGGAGGCCUGGGACGAGCAAGUGUCCCAGCGGGAACGCUUCUUCACCAGCCAGCUCCAGCAGCACAGCGGGGCCUUGGCAGAAGCACACAGGAACUGAAGAGCAGAGGAUAUGCCUGCAGGACACAACUGAAUUCCACGGACCAGGAGAGAAAACCCACACUUUGUUUUAUUAUGUACUGUAAUUCAAUUGGUUUAACUUCAUAGAGAGUCACCUUGAAAGAGAAUGCUGUGUAGGGAACAUUCACCCCCAAAAAGCAGCGUUACCUCAUUUCCUACCAGGUUUGUAAUGUGGGAACUGGGAUUUAGUGUUAAUAUUUAAAGGAGAAGUUCAACAUUCUGGAAAAAACUAAAAGCAUCCUUGACCUGUCUCUGUAAUCAACACAUAGAUAAAACCUAUAUCGAUAUAAUUGUCUUAUUCUUUGCAUAUAUUCUUUUAAGUUUGCCCGUUUUUAAACCUUAUCAACUUUAAACAUUCAGUGUUUUCAACGGACUUUAAUUCCCAUCUGAUAGAAACUCUUGAAACAGCAUUUAGACCAUCAAAGGAGAAUAAAACCCUUCCUUUAAACAGACUUUUUGCUGAACAGCAUCCACUGUGGCCAUUAGAGGAUAAUAGCAAUUUCCCCUCAUUUCCCAGGAUUCUCUUGAGCCAGUUGUUUUAAAGACAUCAUUAGGUGACCUGACUGAGAGCUAGUAGAAUGGGACCACAAGCAGGAAACAAUUAAGUAAUUGCGAAGUACUCUGUGUCAACCUCUCUUUUACUUUUAACAAUAAAACCAUUAUAAUAUGUAUUGGUGACAUGCUAAAACCUAACCCUACUUGUGACCUCAGCCCCCCGGAUGUCACUCUGUGAACUCUAUGGGAAAAAGCAUACAGGUUAUUUUUCUUAACCUAUUAUUCAGCAGUAAGUUGUAUCCAUAAGGGCAUUUUUUGAUCCCACCAAAAUGAUAAUUUCUCUGCUGCAGAACUAAUUAUUGCAUCUUAAAUUUUUUGCAUAUUUGCCAUUCCUUUUCUUCUCUUUGUUUGUUAUUACAGUAGGAUGAAGCAGUGGCCAGUGCAGUUUGUUAUUUUAAAUAUUUUUUGCUGUGGUCAAAAAAAAAAAUCUGUGUGAGAUCAUGUAAAAACUACCUGCUGCUGAAAAAACAGGUCAAAAGUAAUGUUUCGAUUUUCCCAUAAGGGGGCAACUCCACUGGUUGCCAAAAGAAGUCCGAUUGUAUUAAAGCCUAUGAGAAAAUGACCCUUACUUCUCACUUGAUUUAUUACCUCAGUAACAUUUCCUUUUGAGUUUAUGGUCUCAAUCGCUACUUUCAAGUCUUUUUUCAAUACAGCAUGAUGUUCUCUUUGUAAAUUAUAGUCUAACUUAGAGUAAAAUAGACGAUGAAUUAAUGCUUUAGGGCGUGGCUACGUUAUGAUUGACAAGGGGCUACCACAAUGUUCUUUUCAUCUUAGAACUUUAAACCUUUCACAUUGUCUUUUCAGUCAUGAAAGUUAAUUGUAACAAUUUGGUCGCCAAAAGUCUCGUUCAGCGUUUGGUUGUAAUUUGCUCCAAGAUGGCAACAGCCAAAAAAAACAAGAUGGCGACGGCCAAAAUGCCAAACUAGAGGCAUCAAAAGUCCACAAACCAAUAGGUGUCGUCACGGUGACUACCGCUUCUUUUCGAAUCAUUGGCUAAAUCGGUGUAUAAGUAGAGAAGGGUUUUAAAGUUAGCAAAAUGACUGAUUUAUGUCUGUUACACAGGAAUAUCUAUCUAAAGUUUGCUAACCAUUAGCCACCAUAAAAGGCUACAGGUCAUACCAGACCAAGUAAGAUCAGCAAAACGUGUGCGUGUACUGAAUUAAGCAAGAGUGGGAGGUGUCGUUUAUAAGUUCAGCUUUCAUUUUCCAAGAGGAGGAUUGUAUUAUUUCUUCUUUGAAAAAUGACAAUCUCAUUGUAUAGCAGAUAAAAGGUUAUUAACUUCCGGAGCCAGAGACACCCACCUUACCUUAUUCAGUAAUAGGCACAUAUAACUUCCUUUCCAAUGAAGCAUUAAUGUACAUCAGACAUUGUUGAACGUUAAGAAAUAAAAUGGAUUAAAAUAUCAUGUGUACAUUUAGUUUUAACACGCGCCGGGAUCAGCCAGCUAUACAAAAAGAAACUGAGUUCCUCUUAAUAUUCAGCAAAAUAGUUCAACAUUUAUACGUUUGGUCCAGCUAUCAGUUUUGUAUAAAGUUUUUUCUGCUUUACUGGCAGGCUUGCUUUCAGGUCCGAGACUGUUCUAGACUUGAUAGUGAUUGGAUUGUUGCAUGGGUGUCUGGAACUGUUCCACAUGACUUUGUAUGCGAUACUGCACCAUGCUGUUCUUCAAACCCUGAACCUUACAUACCAUAUGUUCCUCGAUGACAACCUUUUUUUAAAUAUAACUUUCUCAACCUCCCGCUUCACCAUUGUGAUGUAAAAACAUCUAACCGACCUUCUGCACUGUAAAUACAGAAAAUAACUAAAGUGGUUAUGAGAUGCCAAUUAUUAUUCUUUCUUUUGACUGUGCUGUUUCGCAAUUGUUUGAGCAGUUUUAUUCCUUAUUUAUUGAAGCUCCUCUUAUAUAAUGAGUAUUGAUGAUGCAUUAUUCAUAUCCGUAGGGAGUUCCAUGUUAGAGAAGUUUGUGAGUGUUGAGGACCCAAAGGCUUUCCUGCAUGACUAGUAAAACGAUGGACAGUUGUAUAUGAACUCUGGAAUGCAUUCCCACGUUUUUGUAUGAUUUUCAUUGAGUAAAAUGGUGAAAUGAUGUUCAGCUCGAGCACAAAGCCGUAUAGGUCGGUCAUGCUUGGAGAAAGACUGCCUGCACAGCUGCGACAGUGUAAAUAGCUGGAAGCGACCAAGCUACUUUACCUUCUGAGAAUGUAAUUCUGACUUGAUGACUUGUUUACCAGUUCAAAGGGAAUGUUUAAAUGCCUUUUCAGUAAUAAACCUUUUCUACCUUUGGGCUUA